CGGGCUGCCUCCCUCUCUACUCAGCGCACAGUUCUCUCUCACUCACCCUCUAUCUGCCAGCAGAAUUAUUUUUUCCCACACGGGGGUGAUUAACGCGCCGCCGUGGAAUGAUAUUGACCAAUACGCGCGCCGGCCAAUAGAGUCGAAUCGUGAAAUAGUGGAAAAUUUUAAAACAAACAUAGGGUUGAGCGAGCGAGAGAGCGGUGCAUGGGCGGUAAAUGUCAGAAGCACAAGCAGCAGCCCUUACACCGGCCGGUAAAUCAAUACUCACAGCGUAGAGAGAAACAGUCUUACGGCAUGAAUAGCUCGCAGUAGACCGCGCACUCAAACUCACCACCACCAUGGUCGGCGGCACCAAGGAGAAGAAGAAGAAAAAUGAGACGAGAUUCUGGAAUAUGUUCAAUCACCAGGGCCGCGAUGCAAAUCCAGAUUUGGCCACAAGUCCUCGGCGACAAACCCAACAGCAGAUGCAGCAACAACAGACCAUGGGUGGGCUCAGACCAAGAGAACCACCGCCUAUGGUCAUACAAGGAGAUUUCAGAAAGGUAAGCGGAAUAUCAACGGAGAUAUUCCGACAAAUAGAGACAGUAGAGAACGACCACGAUGCGACAACGGCAGCUGCUCUUGAGGCUGUGGAGAGGCGCGGCGAGAUGGUGGUGCGAAUGCUCGAUCCAAGGCACAUGGGGCGCGCCGCACAGGAUGCCGUCAAGCGAUUUCUCAUGCUACAAGACUCGAAGCACGCAGUUCAUUUCGUUGAGAUUGUGAAGCGGCCAGGCCAGACUCUGGGACUCUACAUCAGGGAGGGCAAUGGCGGCGAUCGGGGUGAGGGCGUUUUUAUUUCGCGAAUCGCACUCGAGUCGCCGGUCUAUCACAGCGGGUGUCUGCACGUCAGCGACGAGAUUCUUGCCGUCAACCUCGUCGACGUCACCAGAAUCAGUCUGGACGACGUUGUCAUCAUCAUGUCCAUUCCCCGGCGGCUGGUACUCACGACCAGACGGCGCCGGGGAAUGGCCACCGGACCUGGCGGACCAGGCACUUCAUCGGGACCAGGGUUUCAGGUGAGGUCGCUGGACAUGAAACCGGCGCCUCCGGUUGUUGUGAUGAAAAAAGAGCUCGACCUUGGAGAUGAUGGACCUGACGGUGAAAGCACCAGCAAUGGGGAAAACGGACUUGGCAUGCCCCUGUUAAGAGACCCCUACGGUAUGCAACACCAGCGGUCGGGCGCCUCCGCAACCCUACAAAGACUUCCAGGGCACCAUUCUUCAGCAUACUCGGCUGGAAUUGCAAGAGCGCACUCGCAACAACAGCUUGGGCUCAGUAAUAUGGUACAGGAUUCGGACCCAUAUUUGUAUUACAAUUCGAGGCCAGAGUAUGCGACGAGACACCACCAAGAACAGCAGCAACACCAGUCAUGGGCACCAUAUCAACCCCCUCCUCCACCCAUUACAACUCAGCCAAAAGCGUCAAUGAGCCAGCAACACUUCCAGCCCUUCGACAGAAAUUACCCCAAAACACUAGAAUCUCUGGCCGAAAAGAGCACCGCCUCGUAUUACCCCUAUCAGGUGCACACCUUCUACGGUGGGCCAGGCUCGUCCAACACGACAGGCCGGCGCUCGCACCAGCCCGUUUCCAGACUGCUCGCCUCGGGCACCCUCGGCAUGCGGCGCGGCGUGCCCCGCUCGGGCAGCGACCAGCACCUGCCGCGCGUCGACACUUCGGACAUGUACGACUACGUCCGGCAACGCUCCUCGCAGGUCAAGCAACAGCAGCAACAGCAAGCGCUCGGCUACCGCGGCUACACCGGCGGCACCGUUGGACGCAGACGCACCCCCAGUCUCGACUACGCGUCCGACACCGAGGCCACCACCGUCCCUAGAAGGAGCUACCUGCAGCUGACCAGCAGCCUCGCGGCUGCUGAGCAGCGCCGUGGCCAGUACACGGCAGCACUUCAGAGCUUGCAAGCACAACAUGGAUUGCGAACCAAUUCCCUCCCGCGCGACUACAGUCGCGGUCGCUCGAGAGGUUUGGUGCGUUUUGACAGAAACAUGGGUCCAGUGUCGCACGACUAUGACAGCGACGGCGCCCUCUCGGCACCCGAAAUGCCCCUGAUCAAAAGAGGCAGGGUGCCCUCCUCGCCGAGCAUUUUCACGUCGGACGAGUACCGCACAUAUAUUCAGCGCACUCCGUCCACCAGCGCGAUCUACGACCGUCUGCGCAACACCUCCGGCAGGAGCAGUAGUCUCGCCAGCGAAAUUCUCAGCACCCACCGACCAAGGUUCACAUUCAGCGCAGAGAAUUUGACUCUCAUUGACAGGGACCCUUCACUUUUCUCCACCAUGCGCUCCUCACCUCUGACCUCAACUCUCGAUCGAAGUUCUUUGGCUCGCGCCUCGUUCCGCGCUGAAAACGCGGCUCGCACAACCGCCGGCACGCUGACUUCGUCGGCUUCGUCGACCUCUCUGCGGCGAAUGCGCCACCUGCUCGAGGAGCGCUCCUCGAAUCUCGGCUCCAACACGGCCCUGGCGUCGGCGAGCGCAGCUUUGCGUGGCGCGACCACCCCAACAGACCCGCGCUCUCGCAUCCUCGACAUCAACCCGGCAGAGUUUCUCAAAUACAAGAUGGAAAAGUCUUCGUUGGCGCCGUCGCCGGCACUGGGCGGCAGCGGCACCUCGGGGGUCAGCGGCCUCCUGUGGGUGCACCUGCUGGCCGGCCGGGGCCUCAAGGCCACGCCGACCCCCGGCGCGAGAGGGGCCCUGUCGCAGUGCCGAGACCUCUACUGCGUCCUCGAGUGCGACCGCGUGCACAAGGCGCGCACGGUUGUGCGAACUGGCGAGCUUGUCUUCGAGUGGGACGAAACAUUCGAGCUGGACUUGGUGGACAACCGGCAGCUGGAUCUGCUCAUCUACUCGUGGGACCCGCACUUCCGCCACAAACUCUGCUACAAGGGCUCCCUGCACAUUUCGCAGCUCCUCCGCGAGUCGCCGGUGCACCAACUGGCGCUGCGCAUCGAGCCGCGCGGUACUUUAUACCUCAAGUUACGGCACACACCGCCCCGUCUCGCGUUCCGACGCAACGGACACCUCGGUCUGGCAAGUCGAAAUUUGUUCGGCGCCGACUUGGAUGCAGUUGUUGCAAGGGAGAGCGGAAUCGCGGCCGUGACGGGCGCGGGCGGCGCCACUUCAGCGUCGGUGCCCGUCCUGGUGCGCCGCUGCGUUGAAGAGGUGGAGAGGAGAGGGCUGGACAUCAUCGGUCUGUACCGACUGUGUGGGUCUGCGACGAAAAAGAGAAUUUUGAGAGAGGCUUUUGAGAGAAACCCGAGAACCGUUGACCUCAGCCCUGACAAUGUUCCAGAUAUCAACGUAAUAACGGGCGUGCUCAAAGAUUAUUUACGGGAGCUUCCUGAGCCGCUCUUCACAAAAUGCCUAUAUCAAAUGCUUCUCGACGCGCUCUCAGUGUGUCUGCCCGACGAUCCUGAGGGCAACGCCAAGCUCAUGUUCUCCAUUCUAGACUGCCUGCCAAAAGUCAACAGAUGCACACUAAUCUACUUGAUGGACCACUUAGCCCUAGUUGUGUCGCAGUCGGACAGAAAUAAAAUGGUUCCUCAGAAUCUGGCCGUCUGCUUUGGUCCAGUGCUAAUGCUGCAAAGCGAAGACUCGGCCGGCGAAGUGCUCGACUUUAUGCAGCCAAUUAGCGUGCUCAAAUACCUUCUUGAGAUUUGGCCGAUAAAGUCAGUUAGAGCGCAUUUCCUUAGUCAGCAGUGGUCAUUUCCACAGACAGUUCGGGAAGUGUCGGCCAGCCGUACUGGAAAGGACGCGCCGCAGCCUCCUCGAAUGACGCGGCUUUCGAACUCGUUGAGCAGCGGGAACGUGCGCACCUCAUCGACACUCGCCGUCGCCGGGUCUCAGAACAACUCGAGUUGGCUCAGGCAAGGAGUGACGCCAUCGCAACAGCAGCAACAGCCAGGGGUGACUGGCAGAGACGCAGGUGUCUCAGUUUUGACAACUCAAGCGACAGCGGCGGCCAACAGCAUCAUCAACAACAACAGUUCUCCCAGUAUGUCAGCCACGUUGCCUCGCAGAGGCAUCAGCAGCAACCCGACCGUGGCGGCGUUGCGCUCGGAGGCGGCGGCCACUUCGCCUCAGCUACCGGCAUCCCCUCAGCGCUAUCAGACUUCCUCCAGCAGCAGGGGGGCGCCGCAGGUGCCGCCUCCGCUUCCGCCGCCGCAGCUGCACCAACGGCUGCACCUUCAGCAGGAGCAGUCGGCGCCGCCGGCGCUGCCGCCGCGUUCCAUCCCUGGCAGCAAACCGUCAAUAAUCGGCCACCCCUCCAUCAUCGGUCAUCCCUCGAUAAUUCGGCCCUCGAUUAUCGGCCACCCGCAGUCAAUCCACAACACUUCCAGCAACAACAACAACAACAACGGCGUCAGCUACCAGACGCUGCGCUUGCAGCACGAAAAUCAGCAGGCCACCUCUCCGGCCGAGUCCCUUGAGUCGUCGACCAGUUCGAGUCCUGCUGCUGACAAGGUGGGCUCGAUCGCCACCAACGACGGCAGCGGUGAGUCCUCCGAGGCCGAGACGGUCAGUUCGAGCGGCUCCCAGCGGCGCCCGCAAAGCCAGGCGUCGAUGCGAGCCGUCGGCGCCCGCAUGCGGCCGCAGGACGGCGAGCAGGCCGACGACGGCGACGUUGAGGAGAGCGAGGACGGCUCCGAAAAGGGCGGCCGCAUCAACCUCAAGUAACAAGUGUGUAUACGCAAUAAGCAGGUUGCAUGGAAAGGAAAUUUUGAUCCAAAAUCACAAGCCGGUUUUACCAAUUUAACAAGAAAAUAUUCUUCACCCCCCAGAGUGUGUUGAGGUCCGAUGAGAGAAAGUAUGUGCCUUUUCGUAAACAUAUGGACUCUCAUAGCGCAAAAAGCGGACGGCAAUAAAAGUUUCACAAACAAACGAGUUUUUGCUAACAAAUGAAAAUAUCCUACGCAAUGGAGGACUUGGAGCAAUAAGAAUUAAGAAAAGAAGAGCAAGAUCUUCACAGGUGCGGAGACGAAAGCAAACAUCACUGCCAGAUUUUGAUUUCGGUUCCUGAACGGCCAAUUCUCAUUAAACACACCCCUACAUACACACAGACACAGGUGGGACAAAAUCUCUCUAACUCGAACGCUUUUCUCUCUCUUUCUCUCUCGUGCUAUAUAAAACAAUUAUAUACCAAAAGGUGCUAGAUGUGCGACCACCAGCGACGACGUUUGAUUAAACUAAACAAGCGGAAAACGUAAAUUAUUAACAAAACUGAGUAUACAUAACACGACGUCUCAAUUACUUAUGAUUUCCUCUGGUUGUUUAUAGCGAGCAGACUUACGAAUGCUUCCAUUCCUCUUUGAUCAGCAGCAGUCAAUUUGCCCGACGGAGCAGGGCCUCGUUUUGUGUAAUAUUCGUAGCAGAGUAUAUUCAUUCCCUCGUUUGUCCCAAAAGCCAGAAUGGAACAAAAACAUGAGCUAAAUUUGAAUUUACGUCUAUUUUAUAAAUAUAGACUUGAGUUACAAGAGUGCCUCACACGAAUUUACAAAAGAGAUCCAGUCUAGUGCUGACCGAUCCGCGUCUCAACAAUCGAGUUAAAAGUGAGCGUGCUCUUCUGAAAGUCUUUGAGUUGGAAAACCGUUUUGAGGACCAUUUUUUAUAUCCACUCGAUUUUUUAUGUUUCACUUUUCUAGCAUUCCUGAUUGAUUUUUCUUGUUGCAUUGUUUAAUUUCUUCUCAGGGACCAUUUCGGUAGGCCUAAAACAACGUUUCAUCAAAACCGAUAAAUUUAUAUAUUAUAAAAUAAUUAUUCCAUUUUUGGGACAAACACGAUACAACACCUUUUGCAGAGAGUUUCUUUUAUCCCUCGCCUGAGUCCAAGAAAAAAUUACAAUGUCUGUUGAUAUAUAUCAGCCAAAUCAUGGCAAAAAUAUUACUAAAAUUGUUAACGAAAAUUCUCUCGUAUUUGAAUAUAUUGAAUCAAAAAGCAACAAUUUUGGACUUGUGGCAAUUAAUUACAAAUAAAAGUGCAUAAAUCGUAGCGAGAUGAACGAAAAACACGUGUGUGUAUAUCAAUCUGGCGGCAUGUAAAAAUGAAUUUGUGUGCACAUAUCAUAAUUUGGAGUAUAUGUCUAAAGAAGUCAUUGUGCGCUGUCCUCAGUCAGAGACAAUGGAACGGUUGAUUUCUGCUAUGUAGAAGAGAUGAGUGCGCUUUGUUAGUUGCGAAGAUUGGUUGAUUGAUUGCUGACUGUUUGCGAGACCGUGUAUGAUUGGGUGUGUAGCACAAAACAGAUGUAAUAUUUAAAAAAAAAUGAGAUGGAAACAAUUACGAUGCGCAUCACAUUCGAUGAGAUAAAGAGAAAACAUUACCCACUUAAUUGAUGUACAAAACUGAGACGAGCGAAACACUAUAAUAUACGCUAUAAAAACGAUGGGACGCGAAACAAAAUGUUAUUAUUUUAGCUCAAACUUUGGUUUACUUUCUUAUUGCAUUUCUACUUUCUUAAAUGUUAUAACGAAAUAACAAUUCAAUAAACUAUGAGAAAAAAACAGUGGCAUAGCGCGCAAUGAUACAUUUAUAAAUAUACAUAUGAAAGUGUCCUGAGGUAAUUGUUUGGAUUACGCAGUUAUUAUUAUUAUUAUGUGAUUAUUAUUGUUGUAAAUUUAUUAUUAUAUUGACAUCUACAAAUUAUAAAAUCAAUAGUUAUCCCUGUAAAUAUAACAAAAAUUAAAUAUGAUGGCGAUGAAUUGUAGAAUAUGUUACAAUAAAUGAAUUAUAUAUCAAGGGCUGUU